CCUCGCUCCAUUAGGAGGUUGCAAAUUAGUCUGGAGUAGUUCAUAUUGUUGUUUUUCUCCAAGACUUAUUUGGAAGCCGCCUUCACACUUACUCCAUCAUAAUGACGUUACAAGAAUGGACUGGCCAGAUGUCAGCAUAUGGAGUAAGCAACCAGACCGUCGUUGACAAAGUGCCACAGGAAAUGAUGCAUCUAGUUGAUCCACACUGGUUCCAAUUUCCACCAAUGAAUCCUCUUUGGCACGGACUGUUGGGUUUUACAAUCGGAAUUCUGGGCUUCAUAUCCAUGGUCGGCAACGGCAUGGUCAUCUAUAUUUUCUCAUCAACAAAGAAUCUAAAGACACCAUCAAAUUUACUCGUAGUAAAUCUAGCUUUUUCUGAUUUCCUCAUGAUGUUCACAAUGUCACCUGCUAUGGUUAUAAAUUGUUACUAUGAAACCUGGGUAUUUGGUCCUUUCGCUUGUGAAUUGUACGGUUGCGCAGGUUCACUGUUUGGUUGCAUAUCUAUCUGGACGAUGACUAUGAUUGCUUUUGACCGCUACAACGUUAUAGUGAAGGGAAUAGCUGCUGAGCCGAUGACAAAGAAGGGAGCCUUAUUACGGAUACUUUUUAUUUGGUUCGCUGCUCUGUCUUGGACAUUGGCACCUCUAUUUGGAUGGAAUAGAUAUGUUCCCGAAGGAAACAUGACCGCGUGUGGUACCGAUUACUUGACAAAGGAAUGGUUCAGUCGCAGCUAUAUUGUUGUGUAUGGAUUCUUCGUUUACUUCACUCCGCUGUUGCUCAUCAUCUACUCAUAUUACUUCAUUGUCAAGGCCGUUGCCGCUCAUGAAAAGUCAAUGAGGGAGCAGGCGAAGAAAAUGAACGUUGCUUCCCUAAGAUCAUCGGAGUCCGCAAACGCCAGCGCUGAAUGUAAAUUAGCUAAGGUUGCACUAAUGACCAUUUCGCUAUGGUUUAUGGCGUGGACUCCGUAUUUGAUCAUCAACUUCACGGGCAUCUUUGCGAGCGCGCCGAUCAGCCCGCUCGCCACCAUCUGGGGCUCUCUCUUCGCCAAGGCUAAUGCUGUUUACAACCCGAUUGUAUACGGUAUCAGUCAUCCACGAUAUCGAGCUGCCCUGCACAAGAAGUUCCCUACCUUAUCAUGUCAAGCUGCGCCAGACGAAGUUGACUCGGUCGCGUCAAACGUGACAGCUGUGUCAAACGAGAAACCAGCAGCGUGAAUAUUCAACGAAUUAAUUAAUGAUUCAUUUACACAAUAACGAAUUGAAAACUAACGACUUUGGCUACGUGUAUGGAGUGAUCACUGAAUAUAUUAUUUUAAUAAAAGCAAACGGUUAU